AUGGCGGCCGGCGAUGUGCAGUCUGUGAGCGAGCAGCUCAAGCAGCUGAACGAGGCUAAGAAGGCCGUCCUCAGCGACCCGCAGGCAUAUUACUCGCAGAUCAUGGUGGGCAUCCUGCCGCUGGCCAGCCCAAACACCAACGUCGAGCUACGCAGAUGGGCCACCAACUUCAUCGCCGAAGCCUUUGCGACACCUGCCCUUCCCGGCCGCGAUAAGGAAGGCAUGAGCCUGCAAGUCGUGGGUCACCUGCGCGCCCUGCUGGAGAACCCCAAGGAGGACCCAUAUUCUUUUCUAAUUUCUUUUUCAAAUUCUAGAAUACACAAUUCUUACGAACGAGGACCAUGGGACGAGUUGAUGGCCAUCAAGCAGAGAAUACUACGGAUAUGGGACGAUGCUGCUUCUGUCUUGAAGGCCUGCUGUACAAAGUUUGCCCAGCGUGUGGUUCUCGCACAGACGACAGCUGUAAAUAUGGACAAGCAGCGCAAUGGCUUGGAGAUCUCGUUGGGAAUGGUCCCGGCAGACCACCCUUUUCUUGACAUUAGACAACUUGAAGCGGAGGCUACCGGCCUCCUCGACAGGAUGCUCAGUGUGCUUCAGGAUAACAGCAGCGAUGCUAUUGUAGUAGAUGGAACAUUGAAUUGUCUGUCUAUCCUCAUCCGCUCCAGGCCAUCCACGUCCACCCGUGUACUCAAUGCUGUCUUGGGCUUCAAUCCGCUCAAGCUGGCAAAUUCGCCAAUGACUCCCCGAACGCGUGUGCUUGUCAAAGAUCCGCAGAACCCAUGGGCACCUCGGAUGCAUGCUCACGUGGAGCGCCUCAUGCGCUCACGGGCUGAGAUCCUCGAAGGGGCCGGUAGCAAGCGGCACUUGGCUGAGCAACAAUUGUACGGCGACGCCAAGCGGCAGAAGAUGACGGAGCCUGUCCAGGCACAGAUAGUCACACCGGCACAUCCACCCAACAGUCUGGCCGCCCUCUUCGCCCUGCCUGGUACCCCGUCCCUACAAGCCAUCGAUGCAGCGAAGGUACCGGCGGCUAUAGCGGCCAAGAUUGUUGUGGCAACACUUUCGAGAAUAGAUCAUCAGGCACUCGACAGGGCUGUCAAGGUCGUGAGCGAGCGUCUCGCGGUCAAGGCUACUGCACAGGCUCCAGUAUUAAAUCCAGAUACUGCGCCUCUGGAUGUUGAGGAUGAUGAUGACUAUGAACCAGAUUACAUGAUGGCCGAAGAUACGGAACAGAUUCUGAACAAGUUGGACGGCACGCCGCGAGCCGAGCAGCAGCAGCAGGUGGAUGCUGCAUCAUUAGCCUUGGGCCCAUUCAAACUGCCACCGCCACCGAUACUUACCCCUGAGGCUGCAGCAUCAGCCGGCCAGGUGACGGUAGCUCGGGUCCUCGAAAUGGUCAAAGGGCUGGAAGACCCGCCUGCGAAGAAGACCAGGGCAGGCAUCAACCGGCUUGCAGCGAACUCGUAUGACAGGGAGUCGAUGCUGACGUUCAUCGUCCGCCUUGGCACACGCUCAGGCGCUGGCCUUGAAGGGACUGACAUUAAAGCGGAGGACAGCAAUGCUAUAGUGCCUCGCAACGCACUGAACGGUAACGCCAUCCGUGAACGGUUGUAUGCUUACGUGCUGGAGGACUUUCGCAAGCGCAUCGACGUUGCGGUCGCAUGGCUCUGCGAGGAGUGGUACAAUGAUAAUCUGGCAAGACAGCAGAGGUCGGACGCGCCGCUGCACUACGUCAAAUGGGCCAGCAAACUCGUCGAGGGCUUCUUCCCCUAUCUGAAUCCCUCGGACAAGGUGCUCAUGCGGUUCCUGGGCGAGAUACCGGAGCUCAACACGGCAAUCCUAACCAAGGUGACACACCUGUGCGCGGAUCCGGCGAUGGUUCAACUGGCGCUUACGACUUUGCUUUACCUCGUCAUGAUGAAGCCGCCGGUGAGGGAUAUGGCGUUGAACACGGUUCAGGACAUCUGGAUUGAGUAUGAGGAUGCCCGCCCCAUGGCGGCAAAAUAUCUCACGAAGUGGCGUCCGGGCUUCCUCGAGUCGCAGACUGCAGGCGGGGAGGGCAACGAUACGGCUGCUCUUCCACCAGCUGUUGCCACCUGA